GCAAGUUUCUCCUCGUGCCUUGCCCGGUGAUUUUCGUUGCUCUGUGUGUCUGACUUCUGUAAAACAAUAGUUUUUUUUUUUUUUUUUCUUAUUUUCUCUAACAUUUUAGCAUCAUCAUCAUCAUCAUCUUGAUCAGAGCCCAGGGUUAGGAGGUGUGUAUUUACGCAAUCAAAUCCCAAAUCUCACUGAUCAAAGCGUCUUCCCACCUGUAUUAAACUCCCGCCGGUUUUUUUUUUUUUUUUUCAUCUACUGCUAAUAUCUCUCUCUGUCUGUACAUUCUGAUCCCAAUCUCAUAAAGAAAAAGAAACCCAAGUUUUUUUUUUUUAAUUCUUUGGGUUUGUGUAGAUUUGUAAGGAUUUUAAGGUUGUUUCUUGUUUUGUUUGGAGAUUAGUUUGCACUUUAUUUGUAAGUGAAAAAAGAAAUGGAUAAGAAAAGGAUUGCUGUCCCACUUGUAUGCCAUGGCCAUUCACGUCCCGUCGUGGAUCUCUUUUACAGUCCUGUUACUCCGGAUGGCUUUUUUCUUGUUAGUGCCAGCAAAGAUUCCAGUCCCAUGCUGAGGAAUGGAGAGACUGGAGAUUGGAUAGGAACGUUUGAAGGACACAAGGGUGCAGUGUGGAGUGUUUGCUUGGAUACAAAUGCUUUACGUGCUGCAUCCGGUUCUGCUGACUUUACUGCGAAAGUGUGGGAUGCGCUAACAGGUGAUGAAUUGCACUCAUUUGAACACAAGCAUAUAGUUCGAGCCUGUGCUUUUUCAGAGGAUACGCACCUUCUAUUAACUGGGGGAGUCGAAAAAAUCCUCCGUAUUUAUGAUUUGAAUUGUUCAGAUGCACCUCCAAGAGAAGUGGACAAAUCUCCGGGUUCAAUCAGAACUGUUGCGUGGAUGCAUAGUGAUCAGACAAUAUUAAGUUCUUGUACUGAUAUGGGAGGUGUCAGGUUAUGGGAUGUAAGGAGUGGUAAAAUAAUUCAAACACUAGAGACCAAGUCAUCUGUAACCAGUGCUGAAGUGAGUCUAGAUGGUCGAUAUAUCACAACUGCAGAUGGAUCUACGGUUAAGUUCUGGGAUGCAAACCACUUUGGGUUGGUAAAGAGCUACAACAUGCCAUGCAUGGUUGAAUCAGCCUCAUUGGAACCGAAGUAUGGAAAUAAAUUCAUUGCCGGAGGAGAAGAUAUGUGGGUUCGUGUUUUUGAUUUCCACACUGGGGAUGAGAUAACAUGCAAUAAGGGUCACCAUGGUCCUGUACACUGCGUGCGGUUCUCACCAGGAGGGGAAUCAUAUGCCUCAGGAUCCGAGGAUGGAACCAUUAGAAUAUGGCAGACAGGCCCUCUGACUCAUGAUGACACUGAAUCCUUUGCAGCAAAUGGGUCAGUUGGAAAGGUGAAGGUAUCUGCGGAGGAGGUUUCGCGCAAGAUUGAGGGCGGCUUCCAUAUUGCAGAAGAGAGCAAGACUAAAGAGAAAGAAGAAGGGAAGGAGUAACAAGGGUGAUGAUGAUUUCGAGCUUUGUCUCUGCAGGCAUAAAGCCAUUAUCUUCAAGAUAGUUUUUCCUUAUCAGAGAUAGAUAGACUAGAUCCCCAAUUUUAUUAUUAUUAUUAUUAUUUUUGUAUAAUUUAUAGUCUUUGGUGCAUUUAACAUUUGUAGACUGUACCAAUAUGUUUUCUAAAAGGUAUAAUGCUUCACUCUCGGCAUUUUAUGCAAGAGAGUGUUGUGCAUGGUGGAUGAUAUUUUCUCUGAA